GGGUGUCUAAGAAAUGGAAAACAAGAAACUAAACUACUGGAGGGCAAUCCAAUAGUAAAUGAGAAAGGUAUUAAUUACCUCAGAUGUGAACCAAAAGCUAGCACGGGUAGGGGGGUGCUGAGGUGAUGAGCAGGCUGACCAGGGGAUUCCAAAGUACACUGGGCAGUAUUAGCUCCUGUUCUUACUUGCUUCAUGGUAGGAAUGCGGCUGCCAGCUGGCUGUUGAGAGGUUACUGGAUUGCAGUUACCGCGCGAUCGACCAUCCCGCGAUGGCUACAUAAGGGAAAUGAUUGGCUAUGACGGCCUUUAGUCGGGUCUCAUGCUUGCGAGUGAUGGCGCUCAGGCGACACGCCACGACAGGCCCCAGGACAGACUUGGAUUGUAAUGGGUUGCUGCCACCUGCUCUAUCGGCGAGGGAAGCGCGGCAAGGCGGCAACAGG